AUGGGCAGCAAGAAACGCAAGGAGUCGGUCGGUGCGACAGACGAGACCUCGAAGCCAGGCAAGAAGUCAAAGUCGGCAGACAAGAAGAACGCUACAAAGAUACAAGUCGGGGAUGACACAGCAGCAUUCAACAAACCAUCGGAUUCUUUGAACGUGCCGUCCGACGCGGGUCCAGAGUCUACCGCAGUAGACAAGUCAACUGUCGUCAAGUCAAAGAAGUCUCGCAAGCGAGCCGCGGACUUCAUGGAUGGAGAUGAAGCUGCGGACUCAGACGGCGGCGUCAAGCUCCCAGAGAACGCACCUGCCCGGAUCUCCGACGAACCUGCCAAGAAGAAGGCUAAGAAGAGCAAGAAAACCAAGAAGAGCGAGGAUGGAGUACCACUGACAGCUGACGGCGUCAAUGGUGUGAUUGAGCAUGCCGGAGAAGAAGAGCUUGAGACUGCAACCAAGCACAAGCCAAUUUCGACUUCAAUGCAGGCAGAAGCGGAACGCACCGUUGAUCACGAGCUCGAAGAUGGUUUCGGUGGCUUCGCAAGCGAAGACGACAAGGACGAAGAACAGGUUGAAGAAGAUGACAAUGCUGCUGCGUUGCUUACUGGGUUCGACUCGGACACAGAAGACAAGCAAGAAGAUGAAGGUCUCGACCUCUCCAAGAUCCCAGCGCUGCCCCAAUCCAAGAAGCUCCAGAAGAAGCUUGAGAAGGCCAAGGCCAAAGGAGCCGACGAAGGUCCAGGUACCGUGUAUGUGGGCCGCAUCCCCCACGGCUUCUACGAGAAGGAGAUGAGGGCAUACUUCUCCCAGUUCGGUGAGAUAAGUCGACUACGACUUUCACGAAACAAGAAGACCGGAGCCUCGAAGCACUUUGCAUUCAUUGAAUUCGCCCACGACUCAGUCGCGAAGAUAGCUGGCGAAGCUAUGGACAACUACCUCAUGUUCGGCCAUAUCCUAAAGUGCAAAUACGCCGAGUCUGGCUCUCUGCACCCUGACGUGUGGAAAGGUGCAAACAAGAAGUUCCGCAAGAUCCCACACGACAAACUUGAGCGUGAGCGUCUCGCUGCACCAAAGACCGAAGAGCAAUGGCAGAAGAAGGUCGACAAGGAACAGCGAAGACGCGACAAGAAGGCUGAAAAGAUGAAGGCGAUCGGUCUGGAGAUGCCACCUUCGACCUUGACCAACCCAUCAGCCGCUCUCAAGCAGAGGUUGGCCGACCAAGAAGUGCCAAAGCAGAUCGAGGAGGGGAAUAAUGCUCGCGUCGGCGCCAUCGAGCCGCUUGCAGAUGUGCCCAAAGACGACGUGGCCAUGAAAGAAGGCAAAAAGUCGAAGAAGGAGAAGAAGAGCAAGAAAGAAGCCAAGGACGUUGUUGUGGCUGUUCCCGACUCAAAUCCUUCCAUGGAAGCCAGUGUGGUGGACACUGAGGCCAAGCAGGAAAAGAAGACCAAGAAAGGAAAGAAGAGCGAACCCGAAGCCGUUCCUGCCGCAAACGCAACUGCUGAAUCCACCGAGGUGAACGGCGAGUCCAAGAAAGACAAGAAGAGCCAGAAAGAAAAGAAGGCCGAGGCUGAAGCCGUUCCUGCCGCAGCCUCGGCCCCUGAACCCACUGUGGUGGACGGCGAGUCCAAGAAACAAAAGAAGAGCAAGAAACAAAAGACGGACGAAGUUGAAGCCGUUCCUGCCGUGACUAUUGCCACAGAAGCCAGCGUGGCGGAUGGCGAGUCCAAGCAAGAAAAGAAGAGCAAGAAAGGAAAAAAGAAUGGAGGCGUUGCUGUACCUCAAACCGGGCCUCAACCGCAAGCCAUGGAGGUCGACGAACCCAUCUCCACAACUGACGCGACGAACACCGAUGCAGCGACAGAUCCCAACCACACGGGCGUGACCAAGGUCGAGAAAAAGAAGCCGACGAAAGCAGAGAAAAAGGCACUCAAUGCCGACAGGAAGGCUUUGCAGGCGGAGAAGAAAGCAUUGCACAAGGCGCAGAAGUCAGCCAACAAGCCCACCGAUGUCCCCGAACCCGCUGAUAUUGGUGACGCAGAUGACCAGCCAGAAGCUGAAGAUGGUACAGCGGCCAUGCCAGACACCAACGCAGAGCUCUCCGCCGAUUUCAUCUCCCUGGGCCAAUUCGACGGCAAAGACGACAAAGCCAGUAAUAGUGGGAGCAAGCAAUUGAAGCCCUGGAAAGUCAAGAAACCCAAGAAGGAGCGCAAGAAUCUGGUGAAAGCGAGGGGACCCAAGUCAAACUUGGUCGCCACCAAGCCCAAGCCCGAUCCGAACGCCAAGAGCAAGAUCCCCGGCUUGCCCGUGAUGGGGAAGGGGAAGUACGACAAGGCCACGCGUCAGGCGUACAAGGAGAUGAAGAAGAAGAUUGUGGCCGAGCGGGCGGCGAGGGGGUUGCCACCGCAUCGGGUUCGGGGGGAGUUUUAG